AAGUUUCUCGGGCCCGGGAGGCCGCGCUCGCGCCGGGGUGCGCGCAGGCGACGGUCCAGGGCGCGCCGGGCGGCCGGGGACCAGGAGCCCCGCGCGAAGGGCGACGGCGGGGACCCCCGGGCGGGCGCGAUGGAGGGGAGCCCCAUCCCGGUGCUGACGGUGCCCACGGCGCCCUACGAGGACCAGCGGCCGGCGGGCGGCGGGGGGCUGCGGCGGCCCACGGCGCUCUUCGAGGCGCAGCGCAACUACCUGCCCAACUUCAUCCAGAGCGCGCUGUCGUCCAUCGACCUGCGCGACCGCCAGGGCUGCACCAUGGUGGUGGGCAGCGACGGCAGGUACUUCAGCCGCACGGCCACCGAGAUCGUGGUGCAGAUGGCCGCGGCCAACGGGAUUGGGCGACUGAUUAUUGGACAGAAUGGCAUCUUGUCUACCCCAGCUGUUUCGUGCAUUAUCAGAAAGAUCAAGGCUGCAGGAGGGAUCAUCCUGACAGCCAGCCACUGCCCUGGAGGACCAGGAGGAGAGUUUGGAGUGAAGUUUAAUGUUGCCAAUGGAGGUCCUGCACCGGAUGUUGUCUCAGAUAAAAUCUAUCAGAUCAGCAAAACAAUUGAGGAAUAUGCCAUCUGUCCUGAUCUUCGAAUCGACCUAUCUCGACUAGGAAGGCAAGAAUUUGACCUGGAGAACAAAUUUAAACCAUUUAGAGUAGAGAUAGUGGAUCCAGUGGAUAUCUAUCUUAACCUCCUUCGGAACAUCUUUGACUUCAAUGCCAUCAAGAGUUUGCUGACUGGACCCGGGCAACUGAAGAUCCGGAUUGAUGCUAUGCAUGGAGUUAUGGGACCUUAUGUGAGAAAAGUCCUGUGUGAUGAGCUGGGCGCCCCAGCCAAUUCUGCAAUUAACUGUGUUCCCUUGGAAGACUUUGGAGGGCAGCCACCUGACCCAAACUUGACAUAUGCAACAACCCUUCUGGAAGCCAUGAAAGGUGGAGAAUAUGGGUUUGGAGCUGCAUUUGAUGCCGAUGGGGACCGUUAUAUGAUCCUUGGCCAAAAUGGCUUCUUCGUGAGUCCUUCUGAUUCCCUGGCCAUUAUUGCUGCCAACCUCUCUUGCAUUCCGUAUUUCCGUCAGAUGGGGGUUCGUGGGUUUGGAAGGAGUAUGCCCACCAGCACUGCCUUGGAUAGAGUGGCCAAAUCGAUGAAGGUUCCUGUAUAUGAGACCCCAGCUGGAUGGAGAUUCUUCUCAAAUCUGAUGGACUCAGGGCGAUGUUCGCUGUGUGGAGAAGAGAGCUUUGGCACUGGCUCUGAUCAUCUUCGUGAGAAAGAUGGCCUCUGGGCUGUCUUGGUCUGGCUCUCCAUUCUUGCUGCCCGGAAGCAAGGUGUGGAGGAAAUUGUCCGAGAUCACUGGGCCAAAUUUGGCCGUCACUACUAUUGCAGGUUUGAUUACGAGGGUCUAGAGCCCAAGACAACCUAUUACAUCAUGAGAGACCUGGAGGCCCUUGUCUGUGACAAGUCCUUCAUUGGCCAGCAGUUUGCCGUGGGAAGCCAUGUCUACAGUGUGGCAAAGACAGACAGCUUUGAAUACGUGGACCCUGUGGAUGGCACCGUGACUAGGAAGCAGGGCCUGAGAAUCAUUUUCUCAGAUGCAUCUCGGCUCAUCUUUCGGCUCAGUUCCUCCAGCGGCAUACGGGCCACCAUCAGACUGUAUGCAGAGAGUUACGAGAGGGACCCCGGCGGCCAUGACCAGGAGCCCCAGACUGUGCUGAGCCCUCUCAUAGCCAUCGCACUGAAAAUAUCCCAGAUUCACGAGAGAACUGGCCGGAGGGGUCCCACAGUCAUCACUUGAGCAGAGGGAAGAUCAUCACCAGAAACAAAAGAAUGUUCUGCAGGACACACUUCACCAAGCCUUCUUGCUACCUGUUUGUGCCUCGUAUGCCUUUGGGGAAAACAAAAACAAAAACAUAAAAUAAAAGAUUACUGGUAGGGGAUGGAGGGUGGUUGGGAAAAGAAAAAUAAUUGGUUUGGUUGGGUUUUUGUCCGUUUCUUCCAGUGCAAAAAGGGUUUUCAGUUGUCUGUUAAAGCUCCACUAUCAUUUGAUAGCUCCAUUUCCUCACACAAAGGCACCCCCUUCCCUGUAACAAGGAAUAAGUGGGCUAAGACACUGCUUUGGGGCAUCUAUGCAUUAUUGCUACCAGGUGAGAAGAGGUUCUGACAAAAGAGGGGUGCCAAAAUUUAGUGGCCCCUAAGCCACAGAUGGCCCCGGUAAUCCUCAGCAUGGGGGAGGUUUCACUUUUCCUCCAGGACCAAGAGGAAAAGCUAAAACUUUCCAUGAGGGAACUUUCUAGAAUGCCUCAUAGCCCACUUCACACCCGCCCACUCCUUGAUGGGCCGGUGUCCCUGUUCCUAUUUCCAAACCCCAGUGCCCCCUCCCUUCACAUCUUCUAGCGCUUUCUACAAAUCACAAAGGCAUGCUCUCAGUAAAACACAUCAAAUGACGUUUUCUCUCUUUUUUUCUGUAAAUAAUGUUAUUUUAGCUACUAAGCUGACUGCCUUCCCAUAGGUUUAGUCGCUCGUUGUUCCGGUAGAAAGCAGUGGAUUGGCAGGACACCCCAAAUGAAUGUUUCCUUUCCCUGAUCUGGGUCCUUCCUAGACACCACAGAUUGUUGUUGAUGGCCAAAAAAAAGUCACCAUGUCUGCCCUCUCCCUGGGAUCUCCCUCUGCUCUCCUACCUCCCACCAAGCACCUCCAGUAAUGCACUUGUUUGAACACAGUUCAGAUCUUACCUGUAGGGGCUGGCAAAGGCGAUAAUGCCACAGGGGGGAAAUCAAGGCAUGAAGUCAAAGUUGGGAGGAGCCCUUUCUGGGGUAGAGUCAGGGGGCUGGGCUGGGAGGGCAAGGUAGGGACUCCUUCUGGGAAGUGGAGUCUCACAACUGGCUUUCGUUGGCCCCGGGAAAAGAAUAUGCAGUUCUAACAGCCUCGGUGUGGGCUCAUGGGACACGGGGUGCUUGGGCCCUGUUUGCAUGUUUUGGUUCCUUGGGAACGGCACUCUCACUUGCGUGUGCUUUGUGCAGAUGACGUGCUGCACUGUGAGUCUUAAGCAAUGCCUGGGUGCUGGAGUCAAGUUGAGUGUAAGCAGGGAAACAGUCCAGUCAAAGAUUUGUUUCUCUUUUCUCUCUCUGCUUCUGCCAGACACGUGUUAGAACUUUUGCAUAGCCAAUAAAAAAGAGAUUCCUUCUUUCACUCU